AUGAAGCACUCUGCCCUUGUUGCGGUUGCCGCUGCCCUGGCCCAGUCUGCCUCGGCCCACUACAUUUUCAGCAAGCUGGUCUUGGAUGGCGUGGCGUCGAAUGACUGGCAAUACAUCCGCCAGACGACUCGCGCCGAGAACUAUAUGCCGACCAAGUUCUCCAACACCUUCGACAACCUCACCCCCAACGACAACGACUUCCGCUGCAACUUGGGCUCGUUCAGCAAUGCCGGCAAGACUGAGGUCGCCGAGGUCGCCGCUGGCGACACCAUUGGCAUGAAGCUGUUCUACGAUGCCUCUAUCGCUCACCCUGGCCCUGGUCAAGUUUUUAUGUCCAAGGCACCCUCCGGUAACGUCAAGGAGUACGAAGGCGACGGCGAAUGGUUCAAGAUCUGGGAGCAGACUCUGUGCAACGAGAACGGCGACCUCACCACCGAUGCCUGGUGCACCUACGGCGACUCGCAAUUCGAGUUCCAGAUCCCUGCGGACACCCCGGCCGGCGAGUAUCUUGUUCGCGCCGAGCACGUCGGUCUCCACCAGGCUCACGUGAACGAGGCCGAGUUCUUCUACAGCUGCGCUCAAGUCAAGGUCACCGGGUCUGGCUCCGGCUCCCCUAGCACCACCUACCAGAUUCCCGGCCUAUACAACCAGAACAUGAAGCUUUUCAACGGUGCCAACCUUUGGGUAAACUCUGCCGAUGAAUUCAAGUCUUACAUCAAGGACACCCCGAUCGGCGAUGCUGUCUGGGGCAACUAA